AUGACUCAUGGUAAAAAGCAUUCCAAUUAUUAGUAAUUGUCAGUGGACCAAGUGAUUUCAAUCUAGAGACUAUAGCCAUAAAUAACAAUGGAAUUUGGUUAAAUCGAGUAGUGUUACCGAAAAUUAAAGAUAAAGAAAUAAGCAUAAAAUUUGUUUACAUUAAAUGUUGCUAAUAGAAUACAUAUAUGAUAGAUAGUAAAUAUUCUGACAAAAUUAGUCAAUCAAAAUUUAUGGGGCUUUGGAGAAUCAUUAUAUGGACAAUUAGCAGAAAGGGUUUCAUCUAUUAAAACACCAAUCAAUUUAUCAUAGUUAAUGAAUGUUUAGUUUUUAAAAAUAGAUGGAGGAAAUGAUUUUGUUAUUGCUUAUACUACAACAAAGUAAUUAUAUAUUUGGGGAAAUAUUCCAGGAUUGAAAUUUACAUAAUUAUUAAAAACAGAAAAGAUUUCAUAUUCUAAGGAUAUUUAAGGAAAAUCUUUUGAAAUCAAAGGCUUAAAUAUAACAAAAUAUUUCAAUUAAUAAAUUAUUGAUGAAAAAAGUAAUCCUCCCUCAUUACAUUCAACUAGAAGGAAUUCUAAACUUAAUUUUAAAUUCAUUGUUGAUAUCUAAGAUUAUUCAGCAUAUAAUAAUGUUCUUUAUAUAGUGACCAAAAACUUAAUACUACAUUCAUUUGGAAAAUAAAUAGACACCUAAAUUCAAUUUUGUGGAAUAUCAUGUGGUCCAUUUCAUACCUUAGCUUGGGAAGAAAAUGGAAAUGUAUGGAGUUGGGGUGAAUUUUAAGAUGGAAAGUUAGGUUACAUGAGAUUUGAUAUAUAAGAAUAGAAAGAACCUAAAUUAAUCUAUGAUUUUAAAGCCAAGGCAAUCUAAUGUGUUUGUGGAGCCAAUUACAGUAUAGCACUUGAUGUAAAAGGUGAUGUAUAUACUUGGGGAAAAGGACCUUUUAAGAUGGAUUUAUCAAAGGCUACUAUGCCUAGUAAAAUAAUAAAGAAAAAAAGUCCAUUUAUCAAAGUGGCUGCAGGUCUUGAUCAUUUUGGAGCUUUAAAUAGUUCUGGUCAACUUUAUGUAUGGGGAAGCAAUAAAAAAGAUAGUAUUUUUAACUUCCCUGAAGAAGUUUAUUAACCAACUCCAUUAGAAAUCAAAUUAAAAAUUAUUGAUUUUGACAUGGGUCCUUAGAAUACUGGAUUAAUUAUUUAAGGAGAAAAUAAGAUUAAUUUGCCACUCCUUAAUUUUGAACACUUCAAAACUGAGUAAUAUAAGGUGAUUUCAGAAGAAGCUUCAUUAAUUUAAACAUAUGUGAAUAAAAAGAAUGCUAUAGAAUAUGAAAAGAAAAAAAGUGAAGCCACAUCCCCAAUUAUCUAAAGAUAGGAACCAUAAGAUUUAAAUAAAUUAAUUCGUAAAAAUAAAUCACUUAAAGGAAGUUAAUCAUCAAUAUUUCAUAGUUCUACUUCAAUAAAUUAGAAAUUAAAUAAUUAACUUAAAUUUCCUAUAUUAUUUGAUGGUGUUCAUGCAGAAGUGUAAAAAAUGGAAUAAGAAAGUUAAUUAUAUAUACCAAUUCAAUAUUCAAAUACUGAUAGAGUGGGUAAAGAUCCAUCAUAAGAAUUUAUUGAAUUAGAUGGUGUAAUUUAAACAGAUAAUGAUUAAUUAAAAUAUGAAUAUAUAUAAUUGGCUAGAGAAAAAGAUGAAGAAGGACUUUUAUUAUCGAUAUUGAAUUAAGUUGAGGAGAAGAAAUAAGAUUUACAUUUGAAAAUGCCAGAGAGAGUCUAAAUAAAUUAAUUUAGAAACAAAUUCAAGAUAAUUAAGCCUAUCUAUCAUGAUAAAUAUGAUUAAUUUGAUAAAAGCAUUAUAUAAACUACAAAAGAAUAGAUUUAGUUACUUCAUUAAGAAAGAGCUAAAAAAGUUUUAUAAAAAAAAAGAUAAAGAGAAUAGGAGUUUGAUAGAAUAAGUUAAAUUAGUUUAUAAUCAAUCAAGCCACUUUUAAAUAAAGAAUAAAUAUUAGAAUCGAUAAAAACCAAAGCAUAAGAAAAUUAAUAAAAAGCAAAAUUAGUUAAUCUUAAAAAAGAAGAAAUUUAAAUAGAAAGAGCUAAUUAUUUUACUUAAGUUGUAUAUGAAAAGUCAUAAGAAUUUAAGUAGAAAUAAAAAUAGUAAUUUAUAGAAAAACAAUAAAGAUAAAAUUUAUUUAAAGAAUUACUUACUUUUCUAAAUAUUUAAAAUUUUACAUAAAUUUGUUUGUAAAUUAGUCGUAAUGUUUUAGAUCAUAGAAAAAGUGAAUUUUUACAAAAUAUUUCUGCAAAGAAAAUUUAACAUUAUUUUAGAAAAAAAUACAUUCUAGUUAAAAUAAUGAAUUAAUUAAAUGCAACUGCCAGAAAAAUUCUAACAUCUUUCAUAGUUAGAUAUAAAAUUUAACUUAGAAUAAAAAGAAAAUAAUAAAGAAUCAGAAAACUUCAUAUAUUUUAACUUAGAAAUUAAAUUAGAUUAAAAGUAAUCAUAGGAUUGGCAAGUAUUAAUAAGGCUGCAAUAAUUACAUAAUAAUUUUGUUCUUGGUUUAAUAAUAGUAUUUCAAUCCAAUUGAGUGUACUUAAUUAUUAUUGGGAUGAACAUCUAUUAAAAUAAUUUAAAUGUGUUAAUCUUAAUUAAGAAAAGGAAGAGUUAAAGGCUUGUCAAUCUCAUUUUACUAAAUUUAUUUAAGAUGAAUUUUCAUAUUUAACUAAUUAAUUGUUAAAUUAAGAUUAAAUUUCAAAGUUAUUGUAUAAAUUUUUAUUAAAAUUAGAAAAUUCCCAAAACACAUUCUGCUUAAUGGUCGCAUGUUACGAGAUUAUAUAAGUAAACAAAUUGCCAUAAAAUAAGAAAACGAAAGAAAAUAAAAAAAAUAAUUUAAACCAUCAAAUUAGAUUUUAUAAAAUUAGGUUUUAUUACCUUAUACUAGAUAUAUUGAAAAAAUUUAAUUGCCUAAUUAAUAUAGGAUUAAAUUAAAUUUCUCAUAAAUUUAAUAACUAAAUCUUAUGGAAGAAUUGACUUUAUUGGAAUGUAAAAUAAAAAAAGAUGUUCUAUUUUCUCAUUUAUUAAAAGAAAGAAGAAAGUAUGUUUUACAAAUGUAAAAGGUAUUUUUAUACUUUAUAAUUAGUUCUUUUCUGAUUUAUUAGAAUUUAAAGAGAAGAAUAAGGCUCUAAUUGGAUCUGCAAGGAUUAAAACUUUUUCUAAAUUGACACCUUAAGAAAUUUAAUAUUUAAAAGAAUUAGAUUUAUAAGAGAAAUAAAUAUAUUUAUAAAAAUAAUAAAAUGCUAGAUAAAAAUGUAAAAUUAUAUUUAAUAUAGAAAAAACUUCAAAGUUUAUUCUAAAAUAUAAAUAAAGUUUAAUAUAGUAAAUUAAUUAACUGAAUGAAGAUCAAUUUCCUUAUCCAGGAUUAACUUUUAAAGUUGUAGAAUAAUUAAUGAGAUCUUCAAGACCUAUUUUUGAUAUUAAUUUAGAUGUGGAAUAAUGGAAUGAAUUAUUUUAGGAGUAUUUUAAUGAAUUUAGAGCAAGAUCAGAAAAAAUUAUUAGUUCAUCAAUAAGAUUAACUACUCUUAAAAUUAAAUAGGAAAGUCCUCAUAAAAAGAGAUCAUAAAUUACUUGA